UUACACUUUGCACAAUGCAGUCAGGGAAGAACCAUUCCCCUGGCAACUGUCAAACCCAGACACUUCCAUCAGAUUGCCAGACAGAGAAGCAUGAUUGGUCACUCCAGACAACACGUCUCCACUGCACUAGAGUCCAGUGGCGGCCUCUGUCAUUUGUUUUUCCCAUUUGCUUCCACUUUGUUAUAAUCCCACUAACAGUUGACCGUGGAAUAUUUAGUAGCAAGGAAAUUCCAUGGAUGGACUUAUUGCACAGGUGGUAACCUAUCAUGGUACCACGCUUGGAGUCACGGAGCUCCUGAGAGCGACCCAUUCUUUCACAAAUGUUUGUAGAAGCAGUCUGCAUGCCUUG